CGUUUCCAAAAUCUGAAGGAGAAGAUGGUAAAGACAUGGAAGAGAUUUUCUGGAAGGCGCAGAGGUUACACCUGAUACACUCUGCAGUGCUCAUGGCUGCUCCUCUUACACGCAGACCUUGCCUGACCGGAGGACUCUGGUCGCUCGGCAUUAUCCUAUUUUCCGGGAGCCUCUACGCACGCUCGCUGACCGGUAACGCCACCUACGGGCGAUUCGCGCCGAUCGGCGGCACCAUCCUCAUCUUCGGCUGGCUCGCGGUCGCUCUGUGAUCUGCCGCAACGACCCGACGCCGUCGCCGUGGUGACCCGAUAGAGAAGCUGCGAGAGAGGUGAUCCGUCUACGUCGAAUCGGUGGAGGAGCAUAGCAUGCAUGGCUGCACUUCUCUGUGUUGAGCUGGGAUGGCAGCCGAUGCACCAGAGGUUGCCAGUGUGAACAUUACGCGCGAUUGCUUCGUGCGGCCGGGAACAGAGGCACCGGACUGUAGCGUUAACUUUUCUGUUAUCACAAUCGAUCAAAUGUAGUCAAUGAAUGCGAUGGAAGUAAGAAUGGUUGAAGCGUGAACAUUCAUUGUUCCCGGGGUGGGGUGAGGGAGAUUAUUGUGGCUUUAUAGCUUCAGUUAGUGUUGUUAUUUGUGUAUUUUUGAAUUGAUUUGUGAAAUGAUUGUUGAAUUGAUGUGAUUUGUGUAUUGAAAAUACAUUUUGUUAUGAUCGUAUUGUGCACAUUUACAAAUAAAUGUUAGUGAAGAUUUAAAA